AUGGAGAAACUCUUUUGUGGCUUUCCAUUACUGCUUCUGGUUCUGCUUUUAGCUUCUAUUGAUGGGUCAAUACAGCUUCAAUCAUCUCAAUCUCAAACUCUUGUGAGGCUUCAACAGCUUCUUCACUAUCCUAAAGUGUUAAGCAGCUGGAACAACUUCACAGAUUUCUGUAAUUCCGAGCCAAACCCUUUGUUAACAGUUGUGUGUUAUGAAGAUAGUGUAACGCAGCUUCACAUUAUAGGAGACAAAGGAGCUCAUUUGUUACCAAAGAGUUUCUCAAUAGACUCAUUUGUUACUACUCUUGCUAAGCUCCCUGAUGUUAAAGUUCUAACCUUUGUGUCACUUGGGUUAUGGGGUCGGUUACCGGAGAAAAUCAACCGAUUAUACUCAUUGGAGAUUCUCAAUGUGAGUUCUAAUUUCUUCUUUGGAACCAUUCCUCAUGAGCUCUCGUCGCUUGCUAGCCUUCAAACGCUUAUACUCGAUGAGAAUAUGUUUUCUGGUGAGUUACCGGAUUGGAUUGGUUCUUUACCGGCUUUAGCUGUGUUAAGCUUGAGAAAGAAUGUGCUCAAUGGUUCAUUGCCUUCUUCGUUGAGUAGUUUGUCUGGUCUUAGAGUUCUUGCUCUAGCUAAUAACCGGUUUAACGGAGUUUUACCUGAUUUAAGCCGUCUGACAAACCUUCAAGUGCUUGAUCUUGAAGGAAACUCUUUUGGACCGAUGUUUCCUCGGUUAAGUCACAAACUGGUUACUCUUAUACUUAGCAAGAACAAGUUUAGAUCUGCAGUUUCAGCUGAAGAAGUGAGUUCUUUGUAUCAGCUUCAACAUUUGGAUCUUUCUUUCAAUACAUUCGUCGGUCCAUUUCCUACUUCCGUGAUGUCUCUUCCCGCGAUAACAUACUUGAACGUUUCACACAACAAACUCACAGGGCGGCUUUCAUCAAAUAUUUCUUGCAACUCACAGCUUCUGUCUGUUGAUCUGUCGUCAAAUCUUCUUACCGGACGCUUGCCUACGUGUCUUAAACCAAGUUCCGGUACUAGCAGAGAUGUUGUCUACGCAGGUAACUGUUUGGCUACUACAAAUGAAGAUCAGCGUCCUGUUUCAUUUUGUAGCAAUGAAGCUCUUGCUGUUGGAAUCCUACCACAGAGGAGGAACAGAGUAUCCAAAUUGGGUAUUGCCUUAGGCAUAACUGCAGGCAUUCUCGGAGUAAUCCUCCUCGCCGGUGCAUUGUUUGUGGUUCUUAGGAGAUUUAACGCUAAGAGAACAGCGAUGAAAUCUUCGCCAAGAUUGAUCACAGAGAAUGCUGCUAUGGGGUACACAUCAAAACUACUAUCGGAUGCAAGGUAUAUCUCUCAAACAAUGAAGCUAGGAGCACUUGGUCUUCCAGCUUACAGGACAUUCUCACUGGAAGAGCUCGAGUAUGCGACAAAUAACUUUGAAUCCUCUGCUUUCAUGGGUGAAGGUUCUCAAGGACAGAUUUAUAGAGGGAAGUUGAAAGAUGGAUCCUUUGUGGCGAUUAGAUGUUUGAAAAUGAAGAAAAGUUGCAGCACUCAAAACCUGAUGCAUCACAUCGAGCUCAUCGCUAAACUGAGGCACCGUCACUUGGUUAGUGUCCUCGGACACUGCUUCGAGUGCUACUUAGAUGAUUCAACAGUCAGCAGAAUGUUCUUCGUCUUUGAGUAUGUCCCAAAUGGAGAACUCAGGAGCUGGAUUUCUGAUGGGCACAUGGGAAGAUUGCUUACUUGGGAACAACGCAUAAGCGUAGCGAUAGGUGUAGCAAAAGGGAUCCAGUUCUUGCAUACUGGUAUUGUGCCUGGUGUUUAUCAUAACAACCUGAAAAUAACAGACGUUUUGCUUGACAAUAACCUUGCGGCGAAAAUCAGUAGCUAUAACCUUCCAUUACUUGUGGAAGGUCUUGGAAAGGUAGGGCAAGUAGUAUCUGGAGCCGGACCUAAAGGCAUUCCAAGCAUCAAAGAAGAAGAUAAACUUGAUAUCUAUGACUUUGGAGUGAUCUUGCUUGAACUUAUAGUGGGAAGACCAUUGAGAGCAAAGGGUCAAGUUGAUGUUCUAAAAGAGCAGUUACAAGCGAGCAUUUCAGCGGAUGAUGGAGCGCGAAGGAGCAUGGUGGAUCCAACGGUCCACAGAGCAUGUUCAGAUCAAUCAUUGAAGACAAUGAUGGAGAUAUGUGUAAGGUGUCUCCUCAAAGACCCUUUAGAACGGCCUUCCAUUGAAGAUGUUCUGUGGAAUCUUCAGUUUGCUUCUCAAGUUCAAGAAGGUUGGCUACAAAACAGUAAUUCCCCAAGCAUGCGUGGCUCGCCUUCCCCUGCAGCUUCCUCUCUUCCUCCUCCCUCUCGUUUACACGUAACAACACUCGAAUCGCCCCGAGAUUCAGGCUAUGAAGAACAUGAGAGGUAG